GAAAGACCAUUUGUUUGUACUGUUUGUGGUAAGGCGUUUGCAAGACAACAUGAUAGAAAACGUCAUGAAGAUUUACACAGUGGUAAAAAACGUUAUGAAUGUCGUGGUGUUUUAGCUGAUGGAGUUACACAAUGGGGGUGUGGUAAGAAAUUUGCAAGAACUGAUGCGUUAGGUCGACAU